GAGAACUCUGCCACAUUGCUUGGAAUACUGGAUUCUUCUUUUCUGUUUGCAUAUGCUUUUGCAAUGUUUUUCAGGAAUGAUUGGCUCUGGAAUCUUCAGCUAUCUCUUUGGUAUUGCUCGAUCAUAUGAAAUACACAAUUUAUGGUAUUUUAUUUUUGUACAGAUUUUUGCAGGAAUAUUCCAGACAACUGGCUGGCCGGGUGUAGUUACAGUUGUUGGCAACUGGUUUGGAAAGGGAAAAAGAGGGUUGAUUUUUGGUAUAUGGAACUCGCAUACCUCAGUUGGAAACAUUCUGGGCUCUGUGAUUGCUGCCGAAUUUGUGGAAACAGACUGGGGCCUAUCAUUCAUCAUCCCAGGCCUUAUUAUUGCUUUUGGAGGGUUUGUCAUUUUCCUGUUUCUGGUUGCACACCCCUCACACAUUACGUAUCAGGAGACAGACUCAUCACAUCCCAAGGCAUUAGAUAGACACAGUUACCAGCCAGUUGAGUCAGAAUAUUCUUCUGAUAGCGAGUCUGGCUUAGAUGAACUGUGCGCUGAAGACGCACAACUUAUCUAUGGAAGAAAGGGUGAUGCACAGUCCUCCUUGGCCAUGGAGCCGUCAUCACCAACACCUGCUGUCACCACAGAGACAACUGCUGUAGGAUUUCUUGGUGCCUGUAGGAUUCCUGGAGUGAUAGAGUACUCGGCUUGUCUGUUUUUCGGGAAGCUUGUGAGCUACACCUUCUUAUAUUGGCUUCCUCUUUACAUUGGCUCCUCAACUUCCCUCAGUGCCUCACUCAGUGCUGACCUGUCAACAGUGUUUGAUUUUGGUGGCAUCUUGGGUGGCAUAGCAUGUGGAGUACUCAGUGACUACACUGGCAAGAGUGCUGUAGUCUGCUCUGUCAUGCUAAUAUUUGCUGUACCCAUGGUGAGAUUUAGUUCAUAGUAAAUAAACAUUAUGUGUGGGUACACCAUAGGGAAUGGGCAAUACCUAUCUAUCAAAGAACAGACUUCUGAUUUAGGACACUUAACAACGCCAGUCAACAUU